AUGUUAUCUAACUCCAAGACAUUCAACCUCUGGUUCUGCUGUCUCGUGGCAGGCGGGUGCAUGAUCCUCAAUGGAUACGACUCGUCCAGCUUCAACGCCGUCCAGGGGUCCAAGGAGUUUAUGGACUAUUUCCAUAAUCCGUCACCCUCGGUCAUUGGUUCUGUGAAUACUGCGUACACAGUUGGUGGCAUCGUGACAGGAUUCUUCAUCUCUGCCCCCAUUUCCGACUACCUCGGGCGUCGGUGGACUAUGCAUCUCGGCUGCGCCUUUAUCGUCAUCUCCAGCAUCAUCUCAACAUUUACCCCCCGCGUGAUGGGCGGAUUUAUUGCCGGCCGGGCGCUGACUGGUAUCGGACAGGGUCUCGCCAUGCCCGCGGGCCCCGUUUACAUCAACGAGAUGGCACCGGCCGAGAAGCGCGGCAUGAUUAUGAGUUUUUGGCAGCUUUUCUUUGGCGUCGGAUCGUUCCUUGCCUACUGGAUCAACUAUGGUUGCACGAAGAAUGCUGAGAGCUUGGGUGACUGGAACUGGAGGGUUGUCAUUCUCCUUCAGUGUCUUGCCCCGGUUGUUAUCAUGACUGGGCUUUUAUUCUGUCCAGAGUCGCCUCGAUGGUACAUCAUGAAAGAUAGAACGGAAGAUGCAGUCAAGGCACUGACCCUCGUGCGAGACAACCCCGACCAAGUGCAGAUCGAAGUACAAGAGAUUAGGCAAGCAAUCAUGUUCGAAAAGGAGACGAAUCCCGGAAGGUACGCGCCGCUGUGGAAGGACAAGGCGAUCCGAUACAGAUUUCUGCUCGCCUGCGGGAUCAACAUCGGCCAACAGUUUACCGGCCAGGGAUCGCUGACCAUGUACUCGACGCUGAUUUACAAGAAAGUAUUUAAGAGCAACAGUGAGAUCCAGCUCAUCAAUGCUCUGAACGGCACAUUCGGCAUCCUCUUCACCCUUAACGCGACCUGGAUGGUGGACCGCUUCGGACGUCGUGCCCUGCUCCUGAUUGGAGCUGCCGGAAUGAGCAUGUGCAUGUUUAUCGUCGCUGCAGUGGUGACCGAAACACCCGACCUCGCUGACGGGGCAAAGUCGAGGCCAGUCGGUAUUGCCACCGUAUUUCUGAUGUUCCUCUUUGCUCUCUUCUACAAGCCAUCGUGGGGCGCCACCGUGUGGAUCUGGACGUCCGAGAUCUUCUCCAUGAACAUCCGCGCCCAGGCCAUUGGUAUGGCAACUCAGUCACAGUCAAUCUCGAACACCAUCCUCCAACAAAUCUUCCCUAUAUUCCUGGACAAGAAAGGAUUCUAUGCGAUGUACAUGUUCGGUGCCAUCAACGUCGUCUUGUUUGGCUUUGUCUGGUUCCUGAUCCCCGAAACCAAGGGAGUCGCGCUGGAACAUAUGGACACCAUCUUCGGCGGCGUGGACCAUGCACACGAGGGGGCUGAAAUGAUGGAACGCAAUCCCAAGGACCAGGAGGUCAUUGCUGUGGAAGUUGAGAAUGCCUCGCGAUCUGCCAAGGCCGGUCCGGUGUGA